CCACAAAGGACCCCGCGCGCUCACACACCCAGAAGGGUGCCGUCCAUGUCAAAAAUGAGUGCAUUUGAAAUGUUUUUAUCUACAAGCAAAAGGAUGAUACUCCUUUUUUAUGUACUGUUUUGUCUCUGGGAUGCAAGCAAUGCUAAUGAAAGUGUAUCAAAGCCCAAUAUUGUCAUAUUCAUGGCAGAUGACCUCGGCAUUGGAGACCUGGGAUGCUAUGGGAACAGAACACUAAGAACUCCCAAUAUUGAUAAAUUAGCUAGAGAAGGUGCCAUGUUGACUCAACAUAUAGCAGCCUCACCACUUUGCACUCCAAGCAGAGCAGCUUUUGUGACAGGCCGGUAUUCAGUCAGAUCAGGAAUAGCUUCUUUACAUCGGACUGGAGUGUUCUUAUUUUCUGGUGCUUCUGGUGGAUUGCCUUCCGAAGAAAUAACAUUUGCAAAACUUUUACAGCAAGAAGGUUAUUCUACAGCUCUUAUAGGAAAGUGGCAUCUUGGGAUAAACUGCAAUAGCAGUAAUGAUUUCUGCCACCACCCUUUAAGCCAUGGAUUUGAUUACUUCUAUGGGAUUCCUCUGACCAAUCUUAGAGACUGCAGACCUGGACAUGGAAGUGUGUUUGCGAGCGGGUUUAAACAGUACACUCAUACAGCUCUCCAGUUCAUCGGGAUUGCCCUAAUUUCUAUGAAGGCUGUGCACUAUCUUGGUCUUCCCAGAGGUCUUAUCAGAGCACUAGGCUACUUCGUCUUAAUGACCUCAGUGUUAAUUGGACUAUUGCUGCUAUUGUGGUAUAACUACCGGUAUUUAAACUGCAUCUUGAUGAGGAAUUACACUAUUAUUCAGCAACCCUGGACCUAUGAAAACUUCACAGAAAGGCUUACAGGGGAAGCCAAAAGGUUUAUAAAAAGAAACAGUGAGGCACCAUUUCUUCUUUUCCUGUCUUACCCUCACGUCCAUACAGCUCUUUUUGCCUCUCAGGAUUUUGAAGGAAAGAGCAAACAUGGUUUAUAUGGGGAUAGUGUGGAAGAAAUGGACUGCAGUGUAGGAGAGAUUCUCCAUGUGUUAGAUCAAUGGCACCUAAGUGAGAAGACUCUUGUGUACUUCACAUCAGACCAAGGAGCACAUAUUGAAGAAAUAUCAGUCAAUGGAGAGGUCCAUGGUGGUUAUAAUGGAAUUUAUAAGGGUGGAAAGUCUACAAAUUGGGAAGGUGGGAUUCGAGUGCCUGGUCUUCUCCGCUGGCCAGGAGUUGUUGAGCCAAAUACUCACAUAGAUGAGCCAACAAGCAAUAUGGAUAUAUUCCCUACAGUAGUUAAGCUUGCUGGAGCAUCUUUACCCAAAGACAGAAUUAUUGAUGGACAUGAUCUGAUGCCCCUGCUUCAAGGCAAUGCUGUCCGAUCCAAGCAUGAAUUUCUCUUCCAUUACUGUAAUGCACAUUUAAAUGCAGUGCGCUGGCAUCCAGGAAACAGUAAAUCUAUUUGGAAGGUAUUUUUCUUCACUCCAAAUUUCAGUCCAGAAGGCUCCAAUGGCUGUUACGAUUACCACGUGUGCUUUUGUCAAGGUGAUUUUGUCACAUACCAUGAUCCACCGUUACUCUUUGAUCUUUCUGAAGACCCAGAAGAAAAAAAUCCCCUAACCCCAGAAACGGAGAGUCAGUUCUAUGAAAUCAUUCAAGUUGUUCAACAAGCAGUAAACAACCACACCAUGUCCCUGCCCACGGUUCCCAACCAGUUGUCUUUGGACAAUAUGCUGUGGAAACCCUGGCUUCAGCCAUGUUGCUCUUCCUUCCUACAGUUUUGUUACUGUGACCAUGAGACAGAAGAAAACAAGAAUGUGCCUGAGGUGUAA